AUGUCUUCUGAAAAUUCCACAACAAAUCUGCAAGUAUUUCUGAACCCGGAUGUACUGCAUUUCUUCUUGACUUUCAAUCUUAUGAUCUGUGGUAACGUGAUUGGUGUUCUCGGAAUUCUUGGAAAUGUAUUAAACAUUGCCAACUUUGCUAAAGACCGAAUGGAAGACACUGUAAGUAUAACACUGAGCGCUCUGGCCGUCAGUGAUGUUGGGGCGCUGGUCGUGCAAAUGUUUAUCAACGUGUUGAGUAAUUCAUUCUGGACUGACGUCGAUCAUCCAUUCCUCACAAUGUCGAUCUUGUCCGCCUUGCUGGUAUAUCCUCGAGAGUACUUCGUUAGAGUGAGUGGGUUUAUUACGGUGUUCGCCUCCUUUGAGAGAUGCCUAUGUGUAGUCGCGCCCUUGAAAGUCAAGAGAAUCAUCACGCGAAAUGUCGCCAUAACAGUCAACACAAGUAUUUUCAUUGUCCUUCUCCUCUACUUAUACCCUACCAUCGCUUUCAUCUACUUUGACUGGGGGGUAGAUUCUAGGAGAAACAGGAGCGCCAUUGUUGUAUUUUAUAGGGACAAUGCUGAGAGUGUUUUCACAGUUUCCUACGCAGUGGCGGAUCUGUUCCUACCUUAUUGUACCUUUUUCUUUCUGAUACUCUCCAACACGGUCAUCGUCACGACCCUCAAGUCUAAAUCCAAGUGGAGACAAUCGGUAACAGGUAGUAGCUUCAGCCAUGAUUCCAACAAAGGUAUGAUAUCUACAAAGGAGAAGAAGCUGGUGGUCAUGUUGGUUAAAAUAUCAACAAUCUUCAUCGGCUGUCUCUUUCCUCAAUCUGCUUUGUUCACGGCUGUGGGCCUGGUCCGUGAGAUGAAGCUGAAUGGACUUUACUUUGACUUAACUCGGAUGGUCUAUUCUUUCACUUUUUUAUUGGAGACCAUUAACUGUAGCGUCAAUAUUAUUGUCUAUUACAGCAUGAGUUCAAAGUUCAGGAAAAGAAUACAAUCGUGGUUUCCUUCUCUUAGAUCUUAG